AUGGACAACUCAGUCAAUCCCAACAUACACACUAUCGUAAAGGCCCAAAUCGUCUUCCUGCUGUCGACCCUCACAGAGGAGAACUUUGAGCGGAAUCAGAUUGAGAUUCGCUCCUUGUCCGAGCAGCAUGGGGUCGACACGUACCUGCACUUCAUCCGGCGGCUCAUUUUCCAAUCUCACGGCCGGCUGGCGGCCAUGCCCACCCCGACCACUUACGACGCGUCCACUUCUCUCGCCUUCCGCUUGCUAGUGCAGGAAACACAACGCCUCGCACGCGACCCCUUCCUCGCUGACCGUUUUCGCGAUGGCAUUGAUAAGGGCGAAGGGGACAUAUUCCGCAACUUCGAUCUGGUGCGCUUCAUGGACCUCAUGGGGCUGCGGCCGCUCGAGAAGCUCGUCCUCGCGUCGUCAAUUGCGGCAGGCCAGACGCGGAGAGAGCUCCAAACGCAGGCGGUUGGCAUCAUUCACGCCGACUUCGAGAACGCGGUUUUGGCGAUUUGCCAGCACCCGUCGUUUGACCACGCAGACCUGUCUCCCAACCAGAUCGCAAAGCUGCUGGCGAACCUGCUAUCUGAACCUCCUUCGGAUGCGCCCAUUCUGGACGGCCCCCAGCGCCAGGCUUUGAUUGCAGCAGCCCAAGCGAAAUACGGGUCUGAGAUUGUCUUGCCCAUCUUGCAGCGCAUCUUGCCGAAUUUGAGCCUUCCGCCUGGAACAUCGCUGGUGCAGGCACUGGUUCAGCUGGGACCGGACAUCACCAGCGAUCUGGACAUCGUCCGUGCCAUCCUGGCACGCUUCGGCAUCACAGACUCGAGCCUUCCUCGCGAUGCGCAGGUUGUUGAGGCUAUCCAGGCACUAGCACGUAUGGCAUCUGAGGGUGCAGUCCUGCCUGAUGUGGGAUCGUUGGUGCAGGCUCUGGACAGCUUCGACGCCACGAUCCAGUGGGCAGAUGUCAUCAAAGCAUUUGACAUGCCGGAUCGCCAGGGGGUUGAUACCGCAACGUUGAAGCUGCUAAUAGCCAUCCUGCUGAAUGCCCCUCAAAAGGCCGAGCCACAUGCGGUAACCGGCUUCUGGCAGACAUGGUCGAACUCCAUGUAUCAGCUGCGGCUCCUGGAUGCUUUGUUGUCUCUUCCCGCGGACACGUUCAACUUCGUUUCGCUGCCUGGGCACAGAAUUGUUACGGUCGACGAUGUGGCCGGGGCUAGUCCAACAAUCAAGUCUCUCGCUGCUAACGUUCAAGGACAUACCUGGAACUCGUUGGACCUGUUCGAGGUGUUGGUGAGAUUGUCAGACUCGGACUCGAUAGAAAUAAGGAAUUUCGUGCGCGAAAUGCUAGAUAAAGCGGUGAAGAUCAGCGCGGAGCUGGUUCAUAUGGGUCUUCUGCAGAUUCCGAACGCCAAAUGGACGGAGAUCCGCUUGGAUUACACACAGAGACUUCUGUCAAUGUUUUUGGCUGGCCAUCCGAACCAUCAGCUUGUCUUCAUGCGUUUGUGGCAAAUCGAGCCCACUUACCUCACGAAUGCUUUCCGAGAUUUCUAUGAUGAAAGUCAAUCGAAUAUCACCAGGAUUCUGGAUGUCGCACAAGAUCUCAAGAUUCUCGAGGCGCUUCUGGAAGUCCGUCCCUUCACAUUUGCACUGGAUGUGGCUGCCCUGGCUUCACGCCGGGAGUACUUGAAUCUGGACAAAUGGUUAGCAGAUCAGAUCACGGCUCACGGUGCCGAUUUUCUCCACGCCGUCAUCACGUUUUUGGAUCUGAAGAUGGAGAGCGAGAAGGCGGUCAGAAUCUCCGAUCCUCCCGUAGACCAUAACACCAUGCCCCUCAGCCCACAAACCAUCACCAUAUUCCUCCGUGUCCUCCGCAACAGCUCCAAUAACAUGCAAGAGGACGAUGUCGACUACUGUCUUCAGGUCCGCAACGCGUGUCUGCAAAUUCAUCCGCGCUUGAUGAACCUAGUGCCAGGUUCUGACGCCGAGCCCGGCUUCUCCGUCAUCAGCUACUCCCCUGAGAUCGAGAACGAAGUCGACGCAAUCUACAAGCAGAUGUACGACGAGCAGAUCAGCAUCGACGAUGUGAUUGCUCUUCUUCAACGUAACAAAGCCUCCACGAACCCCCGCGACCAUGAGAUCUUCUCCUGCAUGCUACAUUUCCUCUUCGACGAAUACAAAUUCUUCCAGUCGUUCUACCCUCCGCGAGAGCUGUCCAUGACCGGCUACCUCUUCGGAUCCCUUAUCCAAUACCAAUUAGUCGACUAUAUACCCCUCGGCAUAGCAAUCCGCUAUGUCCUGGACGCCCUCAACUGCCCUCCUGAUACAAAUCUGUUCAAAUUCGGUAUUCAAGCCCUUUCACGGUUCGAGUCCCGCUUGUCCGAAUGGCAACCUCUGUGCCAGGCUCUGCUCAAGAUUCCCCACCUACUCGAGGCUCGUCCUGAUCUUGCUGUCAGCAUCCAGCGCGCUAUCGCCAAUGGCGGCGACGAGAGUAGUAGCAGCCUGGAUCUUCGUAUUCUUGCGAACGGUUCCGCUCCCGACCCUCCGCCGGUCUUCACUGCUAUUCGGCCUGACCAUAUUGAAGGCGAGCCAGAAGUUCCACCGGAGGAGGUGUCGGACAAGAUUCUGUUCAUCGUCAACAACUUAGCACCAUCCAAUUUCGAUGCAAAGCUGGAGGAGAUGCGCGAGCAGUUCCAAGAACAGUUUUCGCGCUGGUUCGCGAACUACAUAGUGGACCAGCGAGUUGGCACAGAGCCGAAUAAUCAUCAGCUAUAUCUUCGUCUACUCGAGGCGCUCGACACGAAUUCGCUUUUUCACUUUGUGCUCCACGAGACUUUCGUCAAGUCCGCUGCUAUGCUGAACUCGGAGAAGACUAUGACGUCUAGCUCAGAGCGUGCAGUGCUGAAGAACAUCGCUGGCUGGCUGGGCAAGAUCACGUUGGCUCGUGAUCGGCCCAUCAAGCACAAGAGCCUCUCCUUCAAGGACCUACUCAUUGAGGGAUAUGACAAUGGAAGGCUGAUGGUGGCGGUUCCUUUCGUUUGCAAGACCCUGGAGCCGUGCGCGCAAUCGAAGGUCUUCAAGCCGCCCAACCCUUGGCUGAUGGCAGUCAUCAGUCUGCUCGCGGAGCUGUAUCACUUUGCCGACAUGAAGUCUCUUCUCAAGUUCGAGAUUGAACUGCUCUGCAAGGCGCUUGAUAUCGAUCUCGACUCGGUGCAAGCCACCACAAUUCUGAGAAACCGCCCGCUGACCGACACAUUGACUGGAGGCGGCCUCCCGGAGUAUGUCGCUGAUAUCGAGUCUUUGCCCAUGGGCGGUUACGAUCCGAGUAUCCAGUCUGCGGGGGAGUCUCAGGUAUUACCUCUCGGCCCAACCAGUCCGUCGGAGACGCAGCGUGUUUUAGGUGCCCACAUCGAGAAUAUACUGUCCAGUAUGCUAUCCCUGGUGGUUAUCAGCCCACAACUAGCACAACUCGCUACGAACCCUACUUUCAAGCGCGCUGUCCAAAUGGCCAUUGAUCGAGCCGUGCGAGAGAUAAUUUUGCCGGUUGUCGAACGGUCGGUUACAAUUGCUGGGAUAUCCACGAGGGAACUUGUGGCGAAGGAUUUUGCUACUGAGCCCAACGAGGACAAACUCAGAAAGGCCGGUCACUUGAUGGCACAGAGACUUGCCGGAAGCCUUGCGUUGGUAACCUGCAAGGAACCGUUGAAGAGCAAUUUGGGCGGUCACAUUCGUACCUUCCUCAACGAGUUUGGCUUUAAUGAGCAGAUCGCUAGUGACCACAUUGUCUUCCUCCUCGUCCAAGACAAUCUCGACUUGGCGUGUCAGGCGAUAGAGAAAGCUGCUAUGGAUCGUGCGAUUGUUGACGUCGACGAAGGGUUUGCUGCUGCCUACGAAGCGCGCCGACGUCACCGGGAGCAACGCCCAGGCCAGCCUUUCUGGGACCCUACGGCUCCUCAAUCUGGUCUUGCUACGACAUUUCCCGAACCGUUGCGCAUUCGCCCAACCGGCAUCCAGCCUAUGCAGGCCGCCGUUUACGAAGAUUUCGGAUCAGACCCGAGGAGGCGGACGUUCACGAGCAGGCCGAGUUCAACGGCAUCUUACCCUCGCCCUGAUCAGCUUGCUGCAUCCGCAUAUGGACCUUCCGCCUUGCCUGAGCAGACUUUGCCUGGUCAAACCUUCCUUCGUCAUCAGGAUGCUAUGGAUCGCUUCAACGCGCUCGGCAAAGACUUGGAGGCUUUGUUACUUCAGUACCCAACUUUAUCUCUGGCCGCGCUGCCACCGAGCCAUGACGUUCGCCUCUUGGUCCGCCAGAUCUUGUUCCUUGCCAACGACUCAAUUGAUCGGCAGCGCACUCCUCUGUUGAUGUCUCAAAAAAUCGUUCAGCUUCUGUACAAGACACCUACUCAAUUGGGACGUGACAUCUACGUUGCUAUACUAGAGCAACUAUGCCGUUCGUUCGAGGAAGUUGCCAAGGAGGCCAUCACCUGGUUGAUCUACGCGGAUGAUGAGCGCAAAUAUGAUGUGCCGGUGACGGUAACAUUACUGCGGAGCGGUCUUAUUUCCGUUGCUCAACAAGACCAGCAACUUGCGAAGUCAUUAUAUAUAGAGGCUAAACCCUCUUUGUUGACCUUCGCUGCAGAGUUGGUCCGAGAAUGCCUGUCAACUGAACCACCACUCGCAUCGCAGAGCCAGUUUGCCAACACCCUCGAGGCACUUGCUCAGUUGUCUCAGGCCGGGAAGGCCAAUGAGGAUGUCCUCCGGCUGUUGGACGACCUGCGUGGCAUACGACGCCCUACGGCGCCUGCUGUGGGCGAUGGCCAGAUCGUGCGACAGGCCUCGGUCAAACCUGAAACUGAGCAAUUAAGGGAGAAGCUGUUCUUCUGGUUCCAGCAGUGGGUGACAAUCUUUCAGCGCUCCCACUCUCCAGAGAAGUCGUUUGUGCCGUUCAUUACGCAAAUGACGAAGCAAGGUAUUCUCAAACUGGAAGAUGUCUCGUCAUUCUUCUUCCGUGUUUGCGCAGAAUCGAGCGUGAACAGCUACAUCAAAUGCGUGAACGCGGGCGAAUAUGACUAUGCAUUCCAAGCGCUGGACGCAAUGUCGAGGUUGAUCGUCUACAUCAUCAAGUAUCACGGAGAUGCAUCGGGUCACAACAACGACCAAGCGAAGGUCCACUAUCUCACAAAGAUCUUGUCCAUAUUCGUGCUCGUGUUGGCCAAUAUGCACGAGGAACAGGGCCCACUCUUCCAGCAGAAGCCAUUUUUCCGAUUCUUUUGCAGCCUCCUCAACGAUUUGCACACGAUUGAAGCCAGCCUCGGAACCGCUUAUUUCCAAUUGUUAUUAGCCAUUGGCGAUACCUUCAGCUCUCUUCAACCGACCUACUUCCCUGGCUUCGCCUUCUCCUGGAUGAGCCUGAUCUCUCACCGUCUCUUCAUGCCAAAGUUGCUGCUUUCUGAGAAUCGAGAGGGAUGGUCUGCCUUCUACAAGCUUCUGCUCUCCCUUUUCAAGUUCUUAUCUCCAUUCCUGAAAGCGGCAGACCUUCAGCCUGCUUCGAGAGAUCUGUACCGAGGCUCGCUCCGACUGCUUCUGGUCCUACUCCAUGACUUCCCGGAGUUCCUCAGCGAGUACUACUUCACUUUGUGUGAUGUGAUCCCUCCUCGAUGCAUCCAAUUACGCAACAUCAUCCUAAGUGCAUUCCCACCGACCAUCGUACUGCCUGACCCGCACCUCCGCAACGUUGACUUCGAGUCAAUCCCUGAGAUGGGACCCAUACCUCCAAUCCUCUCGGACUUUGCGUCGGCGCUUAAAGCUGGGGAGCUAUCCGGUCACCUCGACCAGUACCUGCUGAACCGAGGAUCACCCUCCUUCCUGCCUUCUUUGAAGGAGCAUCUCCGAUUGACCGGCGUUGCCGAGGGAGCUCCGGUGACUUACAAUCUCUCCUUGAUGAAUUCGCUCGUAAUGUACAUUGGAGUGUCAUCGGUCGCUCAAGCUAAAGCCAGAAAUGGGAGCGCACUUUUCGUGCCAAGCGACCCCGGAGUGGUCGCCCUGCAGUACCUUGCCACCAACUUGGAUGUAGAAGGCCAGCACCAUCUCCUAAGUGCUAUGGUGCUUCAUUUGCGUUACCCAAAUGCACACACGCACUGGUUCAGCUCGCUCAUGCUCUAUCUCUUCUUGGAAGUCAAAAGCGAUCAGUUCAGGGAGGUGAUGACGAAGGUGCUGUUAGAACGGUUCCUGGUGCACCGACCGCACCCUUGGGGAGCCUUGGUCACCUUCAUCGAGCUUCUGCGCAAUCCAAAGUACGACUUCUGGAGUCAGGACUUCAUUCGGGUUGCUCCGGAGGUAACCCUCCUUCUUGAGACCGUUGCGCGAUCCAUAUUCCAGUCGUAG